GCAGCCAACGCGGGAACAGGGUUUGCUGUUGCUGAGCCUCAGAUUGCAAUGUUUUGUGGAAAGCUAAAUAUGCACGUGAACAUUCAGACGGGGAAGUGGGAACCUGACCCCACAGGCACUCAGAGCUGCUUUGGAACAACAGAAGAAGUCCUCCAGUACUGUCAGGAGAUGUAUCCAGAACUACAGAUCACAAAUGUGAUGGAAGCAAACCAGCCAGUCAGCGUGGACAGCUGGUGCCGGAGGGACAAGAAGCAGUGCAAGACUCACAUCGUGAUCCCCUUCAAGUGUCUCGUGGGCGAGUUUGUAAGUGACGUUCUGCUAGUUCCAGAAAAGUGCCAGUUUUUCCACAAGGAGCGGAUGGAAGUGUGCGAGAAUCAUCAGCACUGGCACACUGUGGUCAAAGAGGCCUGCCUGACUCAGGGAAUGACCUUGUACAGCUAUGGCAUGCUGCUCCCCUGUGGGGUGGACCAGUUCCACGGCACCGAGUAUGUGUGCUGCCCUCAGACAAAGAUUGUUGAAUCUGCUGCGUCAAAAGAAGGGGAGGAGGACGACGAAGAGGACAACGAAGAGGACGACUACGAUAUUUAUAAAAGUGAAUUUCCUACCGAAGCAGAUUUGGAAGACUUCACAGAAGCAGCUGUGGACGAGGGUGAGGAGGAAGUGGCGGAAGAUCGCGAUUACUACUACGACGCCUUCAAGGGAGACGGCCGCCGCGAGGAGAGCCCGACCCAGCCCAGCCGCCAUGGCACCGCUGCAGAGAAGGAGGUCUCUCACGGUGUCAGAGCUGUCUGCUCCCAGGAGGCGCUGACGGGGCCCUGCCGGGCCGUGAUGCCCCGGUGGUACUUCGACCUCUCCAAGGGGAAGUGCGUGCGCUUUAUAUAUGGCGGCUGCGGCGGCAACAGGAACAAUUUUGAGUCUGAGGAGUAUUGUAUGGCUGUGUGUAAAGUGAUGAUUCCCCCAACUCCACUGCCGACCAAUGAUGUCGACGUGUAUUUCGAGACCUCUGCAGAUGACAAUGAGCACGCGCGCUUCCAGAAGGCCAAGGAGCAGCUGGAAAUCCGGCACCGAAACCGGAUGGACAGGGUGAAGAAGGAAUGGGAAGAGGCUGAACUUCAAGCCAAGAACCUCCCCAAAGCCGAGAGGCAGACUCUCAUUCAGCACUUCCAAGCCAUGGUGAAGGCCCUGGAGAAGGAAGCGGCCAGCGAGAAGCAGCAGCUGGUGGAGACGCACCUGGCACGGGUGGAGGCCAUGCUCAACGACCGCCGCCGGGUGGCGCUGGAGAACUACCUGGCGGCCCUGCAGUCCGACCCUCCGCGGCCCCAUCGCAUUCUCCAAGCCUUGCGGCGCUACGUCCGGGCUGAGAACAAAGAUCGCCUCCACACCAUCCGUCAUUACCAGCACGUGCUGGCUGUCGACCCUGAAAAGGCGGCCCAGAUGAAGUCCCAGGUGAUGACACAUCUCCACGUGAUUGAAGAAAGAAGGAACCAGAGCCUUUCUCUGCUCUACAAAGUACCUUACGUGGCCCAAGAAAUCCAAGAGGAAAUUGAUGAGCUGCUUCAAGAACAGCGAGCAGACAUGGACCAGUUCACCGCCUCCAUCUCAGAGAUGCCCGUGGACGUGCGGGUGAGCUCAGAGGAGAGCGACGAGGUCCUGCCGUUCCACCCCCUCCGUCCCUUCCCGUCCCUGCCUGAAAACGAAGACACUCAGCCGGAAGUGUAUCACCCAAUGAAAACAGGAUCUGCACUGGGAGAGCAGGAAGGAGGACUGAUCGGGGCCGAGGAGAAAGUGAUUAACAGUAAGAAGAAAGUGGAUGAAAAUAUGGUCAUUGACGAGACCCUGGACGUGAAGGAAAUGAUUCUCAACGCCGAGAGAGUUGGAGGCCUCGAGGAGGGGCCGGAAUCUGUGGGGCCCCUGCGGGAGGACUUCAGUCUGAGCAGCAGCGCCCUCAUUGGUCUGCUGGUCAUUGCGGUGGCCAUCGCCACGGUCAUUGUCAUCAGCCUGGUGAUGCUGAGGAAGAGGCAGUACGGCACCAUCAGCCAUGGGAUCGUGGAGGCUGACCCAAUGCUCACCUCAGGAGAGCGUCACCUGAACAAGAUGCAGAAUCAUGGUUACGAAAACCCAACCUACAAAUACCUGGAGCAGAUGCAGAUUUAA